AUGUUCCCCUGGGUCCUCUGCCACCUCCCAGGACCCCACCAGGAGAUAUUUAGGUACCAGGAGGCUGUGCGGGACUUCAUUUACCAGGAGAUCAGCAGGCACAAGCUCAGGGCACCUGAGGCCCCCAAGGACUUCAUCAGCUGCUACCUGGACCAGAUCACCAAGGCCAAGGAUGACCCCAUCUCCACAUUCAACGAGGAGAAUCUGAUCCAGGUGGUGAUUGACCUGUUUCUGGGAGGCACCGACACCACAGCCACCACCCUGCACUGGGCACUCCUCUACAUGGUCCAGCACUCAGACAUCCAGGAGAAGGUGCAGCAGGAGCUGGAUACAGUAUUGGGCACCGCCACAGCUGUAUGCUACGAGGACCGCGAGCAAUUGCCCUACACCCGUGCUGUCCUCCACGAGGUGCAGCGCCUCACCAGCGUCGUUGCCGUGGGUGCUGUGCGCCAGUGCGUGACCUCAACUCAUUUGAGCGGCUACCCUGUGCCCAAGGGCACCAUCAUCUUGCCCAACUUGGCCUCUGUGCUGUAUGACCCCUGCUGCUGGGAGACUCCCCGGCAAUUCAACCCCGGCCACUUUCUAGACAAGGAUGGAAACUUCAUGGUCAAUGAGGCCUUCCUGCCAUUCUCUGCAGGACAUCGGAUGUGCCCAGGGGACCAGCUGGCCCGGAUGGAGCUCUUCCUGACAUUUGCCACCCUCCUCAGGGACUUUGAGUUCAAAAUGCCGGAGGGGAGCCCAGGGCUCAGAAUGGAGUAUAUCUUUGGGGGCACUCUGCAGCCCCAGCCCCAGAAGAUCUGUGCGGUACCUCGCCCAAGCACCUCUAGCCCCGGUCCCAAGGAAGAUGGUCUGUAG